AUGAGCAACAUUUGGCCCUCGACGGCCUCUCAAGACGAACCCCAGCCUGAUGCGCUGAUAGAUGUUGCCGAUACGGGCGAGAUCGCUGACCUCCCCGGCGAGGCUGAACAGCCCGACCUUCCACCUGUUCCUCCGCCGCCAACAUGGGCACGACCUCCCCUCCAACGCAACACCUUGCAAGGUGCUCCCCCGGCCGCGCCCAUGGCGCUUCCUCCGUCAAGCGAUCAACCACCAGCAACCGACUCGCUCUCUCUACAGCAACUACGCCAUAUUGUGGCCGAAUUCAAUCGUGCCGAACCCGUCGCCUACGACUUUGAGUACACCGACAUAGGCCCCCAUGCCGAAGAAAUAGACGAGUGGUUCAACUAUGGGGUACCACAGUGGGUUCGACUGAGCGCCGCGCAGCGAGCAUUUAAGUGGCACUGGCAGCACGAGGCGAGGUCUCAGGAUACGUGGGAUGAUGCAGACAACGAUACACGCACACGGUUCGUCCAGACAGCUAUUGCGGGCGUGCAGUCCAACGACGCGGCGCUACGAUCAGCUUCGAUUGGGAAGCUAGUGUAUCUCGUGUUAGGACGUUGGAAUGAUACCGCCAUGUCGAAUGCGACGCCUGGGGAUAGCCGGUCUGUUGCCAGUAUUUCGCAGUUGCAAGCCAUCAAGGCUGGCGUUGAGUGUCUGACGUCCUUGGAGGGCUUGCCUGUUAUCUGGGAAGCUCUGCGCAGUAAUUUUGAAGUACAGUGGUCAGGGGACCCGCUAGGGCAGCAUAGUAACGCCCAGGAAGCCCAGGACGAGUUGAUGAACCUCAUGACCAUCAUGUACGUAGUAGUACAAGAGACCCUUAACGAUCCGGAGGACAUGUCUUCCUCAUACGGAAAGCUCUUGGAGCUUAACCCCUCAUUGGUCGACUAUAUGUUUACAGCAACUUCAAAAUUGCGAUGGGAUGAGCAAAAUGCCAUGCCACAGACUCAGAUACUUCUAUUGUUUUGGAAAACAAUUCUACUGGUUUUUGGUGGAACUAAAGACCUUGAAGCCAUCAAGAAGGCUACUAAUGAAAUGGGGGACAAGGCAGCCGAUAAAAAGACCAUCACUGCUUCACCCUUGGACUAUCAUGUCUUUCGCCAAGAAAUAACAUCCAAAUACCCAGCUUAUGUACCCCCACGACCGGCAAUUCCUCUCGAAGCAGAUAACACCUCUUUGUUACCUCCUCUAUCGAGCCAAGUAUCAAGGAAUAACGGUGCUAAUGGUAUCAUUCCUGCACCACCUCAAGUCCACAGCGGAGGAACCUCGAUUCUUGAUCAGCCGGUACAUAUCGCCACCCCAGCGCCUUCGCCACCCCCAUCACCAGCAGCAGGCGGCAAGGGAGUUAAGAAACAAAACUAUCAGACGAACCAGAAUUUCCCUUUCAUGUACCCUCCGUUGGAUGCCUCAAGUAACUUUGCUGGUGGAAAAGGCGCUGCCGGGCUCCAGCAUGAGCUCAUCGGACGAAAAUGGGAGGGGAGCGAUAUUCCCGCUUCCAUCCUUGAAGCUGGAGAGUUGUUCUCACAGCGAGUCCGGAUGACAAGGGCAACCCGCCAGCUUUGGGAAGAGCGCGAGCGAUUCCUGAAGUUUGAGCGCGGCUACAGCAGUGACCGCGAUGAUGACGACGACAUCGAGGGUCUAGAUCUAAACGAGCUCUCGCCAGAAGAACAAGAAAUACUAAAGGAGAUCAAAGCGGAAACCAGAGCUGAAGAGAAGAGGGAAAACCCGGUAGCUCCUGAACCGGAGAUAGACUAUGGCCCUCGGCCAGAGCUAUUGGACGAACGGGACAAACAACGUCUUGUUGCUGUGGAGAAGUUUUACCGCGAUGCGUUGCCCCAUCUUCAGUCACUAGUGAUAGUUCUGCUGCGGCCAAUUCUUCUUAACGUGACAGCGAUUGUCUCACAGCAGCCUCAACAAGGACCUCCAGGGAUGGGUAGAGGUAACAACCCUGGCAUGAAUGGUGGCCCUUCAGGAAACAGACAACAACAGGAAGUGCCAGGUCAAAAUCCCACAAAACCAUUGACACCAGAACUAUCUCUAGAUGAGGUGGACGCUGCAAGGACGCGGGAAAUUACUUCGAAAGCCAUGACUGGGAUUCUUAUCUUAUUGUUGAAAUGGCUACGGGUGUCUCAUGUUCUCAAAUUCGAGUACAUGACACAGCUUCUACUGGACUCUAAUUAUGUCCCUCUCGUCCUUAAGCUCUUUGCUCAUCAAGACGUUCAGCAAGUGGUCGACAGUAAGAUGGACCGUGCUGAAAACAGUUUCUUCCACUUCUGCAACCUGCUGUCGCAAUCUAGAGAUAAGACGACCUCGGAGCUAGCGCAGGACGAGGAAGAAGAUGAUGAAGAGAUUGAGGAGAGUGAUGACGAAGCAGCACCUCCGCCUAUCAGGAGAAGGCGUUCACCAAGCACACAGGUCGACGACGACGGAGAUUCCAACAGUGACGGCCAAGCUUCUUCCACAAGGCCUGAAGUUGAUGAGCUCGGGUAUCCUCUUAAUUCGCAACCAAUGGAGCCUAUCACAGACUUUUCACGUCGCAACUUCUUCUCACUCAUCAACUACCUGAGAGUGAUGCAAAAGAUCUGUAAAAACAAGGCACACCGGAACUUGUUGCUUGUCCAGUACAAGUCAUCGACUAUCCUCCGAAAGUCUCUCAAGGUACCUCAGCCGGAGCUGCGCCUCUACACACUCAAACUAUUCAAAAACCAAGUCCCGUACUGCGGCCGUAAGUGGCGCCAGAGCAACAUGCGUGUGAUCACGGCGAUUUAUCUACACUGUCGACCGGAGUUGAAGGAUGAAUGGCUCGCGGGUAGUGAUGUGGACGCCGAAGUCGACGCAGCACUUCCUUUAGAACAGGCAUUGCGCAGCCUUACACAUUGGCUCAAUGUCCGGCGGUAUCCUGACAAAAUUGCGCCAGAGAUUCGAGCUGCCAUGCGAGAUGAGCAGGACUUUUUCUCGAGAGAGCUGGAGAAGCUGGAGUUGGAUUGGACAGGUGGGGGAGGCGAUGAUGGAAUGAGUGAAUUAGAGGCAGGGGAGGCGUGGUAA